GCCACUUUCCUAACCAGGCGCCGAGAGUCGUCUGGUCUAUUCCAUCAGACGGAUUACAAUAAAAAUUCCUUGGGCAAACAGCGAUUGAGCGCCUACUGUGCGCCAGGUUCUGGACUAAGCACUGAGGCUGCCACGGGGAACGAGACCGUCAAUAACCGUGGCCUUGGGCUUAGUUUAUUGUUCAGGGAGACAAGACUCUCAAGGUGAUAGCUAGGUAAAACACAGAGUGCCUUCCAGGAUGGCAAGGGCCACGGAACAAAAUCAAGCCAGGAAGGGUUACAAAGGGACAGGAUUAUGGAAUGUGGGGGCGGGGUUCAAUUUUUUUCCCCAUGCCAGGGAAAAAGCACGAUGGAGUUUGAGACCUAAGCCAGCCGGUCUUGGGUAUUGGAAGGGGGGCGUGGUGUGGGCUCUGUACUGAUUAAGUUUCUAUUGAUUGAGUUCUGUGAGAAAAUGCAGUCAGAUCCAAGUCAGAUCUCUUGACCGCUUUAAGGUCUUCUGGUUUUCUGAGCCGGGAGCCUCGGGAGAGUUUUGAGCAGAGAAGGGCUGUGAUCGCAUAUAUCCACUCUGCUCCUAGACCUGGAAUCCCCAGGAGAACCAAAUAGCCCACAGUCUUGCCUCCCUGCUCAGCUGGGGCCUCCUGGAACUUCCCUCCUCCCAAGCAGCGCUCUCUGAUCGCUAUUUGAAGUGGCAUCAACACCCUGCCCCACCCUCCAACCCUGCAAGUUUUCUUUUCUUCCUGGCACCGACCGCAUCGUGAUCUAGAGCUGUUUGUUUACUGUCCUCUCGCCCCUCCCCCCAACACAAGCCCCCUGAGGUCAGGGCCAGGGUCAGUCCUCCCCGGAGUGUCCCGAGCCCAGCUCCGAGGGAAUUGCACAUGCUAAUCUCCUGCAGGCCUGAGGGUUUCUCAUAUUGUUAUUCAGGUCUCAGCUCAAUUGUCCUCCCAGGAGCAGAGGACCUCCCUGACCACAGUAUCUAAAGUAGCCCCACCCUGCCCAGGGCCUUACAAUUUACACACCAUGACCUCCAUCUGUCCCUGGUUCCCUCCUGGCCUCAGGUUUCCCAUCUGUCUCUGGAGGUGGCUUCUACUUCAAGCCAGUCCUCCCCCCCUCCCCCCCCCCCCGCCCCACCUCCCAUUAAAGAAGCUUCCCCAACCCUGCCACCUGCUAGCCCCUUGCUCUUAUUUUAUUCUUUUCACCUCCUUCUCAAGCCUGGAAGAACUUGAUGCAUUUGCUCCUGUGCUAACCUAAUCUGUUCCUCUCAGCCUCCCUAGAUUAUAGGUUCUGAGAGGGCAGGCCCAAGUCUGUCUUCUUCACAAAUAGAGCCCCUAACUGUUCACAAUUUAGUUAGCAAGUUGUGUAUUGAGCUCCCGCUAUGUGCCUGCUUUAUUUAUUUAUGAAUUUAUUUAUUUAUGGAGCAGAGAAAAGUUUAUUGCAGGUCCAGGCAAGGAGAACCGGCGGAUCAUGUUCCAAAGACCCGAACCUAUGUGCAUUCUUUCAGUAGCUAUUUGCAGAGGGUCUGUGUACCAGGCACUAGGUCUUGGGGAUCUGAGGGGAAGCAGAUGGCCACAAGCCACCCCCGACUCCCUCCCUUAGUGAAACCUGUGGCAAAAAUGACUUCUGAGCCCAGAGCAGCGAGUUUCUAGCUCAGGCCAGACAUUUUGCCUUUCAGGGCCUCAGUUUCCCCUUUGUGAGACAGGGAUGCAGGACAAAACCUCAGCCUCUGUUCUGUACCAGCUGUUGCUCUGCAAGGCUUUUUCCGAGUGUGGCUACUGAGCGAACCAUCUCAGGGUUGCAAGUAGGGGAGGUGGGGUUCAGACUGGAGGCGAGCGUGGGAGCGUGCACGUGUAAGGGGGUGGGGGCGCCAACUCCAAACUCUGCCCUUAACCCAGCCAGGAGGAAGUCUUCCUCUCUCUGAGCCUCAACUUGUUCGUCCGUAAAAUGGGCAUCCUGGACGCCCCCACCUCACAGACUGGCGGAACAGAUCUGAGCGCGGGGCGAAGCCGGCGGCCGAGUGUGGUGCCCGGGUCUGCGUUGGCUUCCGAGCCCGCGAGCCCGCGAGCCCGCUCGCGACCACGUGGGGCGGCGGCGGCGCGGGCGGAACCCAGGCUCGGCAGCUCGCGGUCUGCCCGAGCCUCAGUGGCCGGGGCGCCGGCGGAAGUAGGGGCGCCAGCCGCCGCGGACCUCGGAUCCUCUCUUACAGGGAGCUGACAAUUGAGCCACAGAGACAGGGAGAGCCUCACAAGACAAAGGACAAUCCCAGUCACCUGUGUAUGAGCCAGCAUCUCCCUACAUGCAGUCAGUCAGCAUCCGUGCAGUGGCCCAUAAUAUGGUCCAGCCAGGAUAAUGCAGACGCCGCUGGCCAUCCCCGUGCCUGUGCUCCGGCUCCCCCGGGGCCCGGAUGGCCUGAGCCGAGGCUUUGCCCCCGACGCUCGCAGGGGCCUCCUGAAACCACAGGUUCCUGAAACUCCGGAGUCUCCUGUAGUUCAAGAAUCUCAGGAAUCCCAGGAACAGCAGGCCCGAGCCGCCCUGCGGGAGCGCUACCUCCGCAGCCUGCUGGCCAUGGUGGGUCGCCAGGUGAGCUUCACGCUGCACGAGGGCGUGCAGGUGACUGCCCACUUCGGAGCUACGGACCUGGACGUGGCCAACUUCUAUGUGUCGCAGCUGCAGACCCCGAUCGGUGUACAGGCUGAGGCGCUGCUCCGGUGUAGUGACAUUAUCGCAUACGCCUUCAAGCUGUGAAGUUGGUAUCGUCUCAUCUUUCUGCCUGGGGUGUAGCUGCCGUCUCCCUGGCCUCCAUUUGCUCACGAGCUGGGACCUUUGGGCCAUAGAGUUCUGAAUUCUCUUGGAAUUUUGAGCCAAGCUCCAAGCAGCCCUGGCUUCUUAAGACCUCCAGGGUGUAGUCAGUAAAAUUCUGCAUCCCAGGAGUCUUAGAUCCUGUUGGAAGGAAUGCUCUACCUCACAGAACUCUAAAGGCUGCAGGUAUAUGGGCCUGUCACCCGUUCCUGAAGACUUGGGGCGGCGGGGGUGAGGGAGUAAAGGAAGGCAGAUUGCCUCGUGGGAAAUGUCUGUUGAAGAGGCUGCACAGUUCAACCCCCUUGGACAUACCCCCCAGUACUACCCUCCCACCAAAGAGCCAAUUAUCCCAGGAAAAUAUGCCUCUGGUUUUCUUUU